CCCGCGACAGGUUCACCCGCGGCCGUGUAAAAUGCAAGCCCCGCCCCUUCGGAGACCCGGGUUCGGCGAAGCCUCGGGUAAUCGUGAUCGGUCCGGUGCUUCAGGUGGGAGAGCCGCCGCGGCCUCGCUUUCACUCUCCUCACCUGCGAUCGAUCUUUGAACUUGGGUUUUGCAAAGACGGCAGCCCUAAUCCUUUGCAGCUUGAGCCCUGUCACGUGAAACCGAGCACCUGUUUGAUUUGGGCCGCGUGGUGGGAGGGCCGGGUCACGUGCUCCACGUUGCACCCCGCCCCCUACGCCAAUGGGCUUGCCCGCUCCUGAGCAAAAACACGGGGCAAGUAGUUUCUGCAUCUGGACAUUGGAGCUUCAGGGUUGGGUAUUGCGUGUUAGCUCCACAUCCCCACCCUGGGUCAGCCCCAGGGGUGAGUUUGCCCCCAGGCCUGGGCCAGGUUCUUUGGCAUGAAGAAGUGGAGUGCUCUGGACUCACAGCCUUGAGACCUGGUGUACUACAGUCUUGGCUCAGUCAGUAGCCUCCCAUGCCAACAAGUCAUUUAAUCUCUGGACCUCAGUUCCUUCACCUGUAAAAUGGACAUAACUGCCCCUCCAUGGGAGUCCUGUGAGGCUCCCAUGAGAUGGUAAGAUUUGUGGAAGUGCCCUUUGUUUUUCAUUUCAAGCUAGAGUGCAAUGCAAGGUGGUGGCUGAAUGAUUGUGCGGGAUGGUGAUACAGAAGUCCUUUCACACACUGCCCCCUGGAUGCGACUGGUAUCUUCGAAGAGGCAGGCAUGCAGAGGCUGAUGGAUUUAGGACCUGUGGUUCUUAAUGGUGUCCAUCUGACUUCUUUGAGGAGUGUUUUCAAUUUGUAUGACAACACCGCCCCCACCCCCCGAAAAAAAACAAACCCACACACAAACGAAGUGCCCAUCCUGUUUUACAGCUGCAGAUUUGGGCUUGGACUGUUGCUCUGCCACUGACUGUUCAAUGACUUUGUGCACCUUUCCCCCAGCAGGCCUCUUGUUUCCUCAUUUACAAAGUAGUGUCAAUGAAACCUCACAGGUGCUUAUAUGUUGGUCUUUGCACUUACUAUGUUUUAUUAUUUCUUUGAGUAAUUCCUUCAUUGUUAGACUAUGAUGACUCUCAGGGCAACCAGGGACCUACAGAAUCAUUGUAUUUGCAUUUUACAGGUGAGGAGAUGAGGUGACUAUUACUCCCCAGCGGUGAAUUUCCCUGCUGCAGUCCCCCUGUGGAAUGGGUGAUUUGCAGAAUGUCAGACAAUCCCAAGCUUGAUUCAGGACAGCUGCCUUUCUGGGUGGGAAGGGGGAGAGGGGAAGCCAGUAACAGCCAAGUGGACUUCACCCCCUAGGCAUUGUGUCCCAGCCGGUAAUGAGGAACUUGAGACAGGCAUCUCCCCUCCCCGUGGACCCACUGCCCCGAUCACAGUGGGGUUUCGCCUCCUGCACUGGGAUGCACUCAGUUACCUGGGUUAGGGUUAGGCCAGGGCCCAAGAUCAAAUAGUAAGGACUAGUUCUGUAUUCAAACCUAGUCUUCCUUCAAGCCAUGUUCUCAUUUGUAAGAAGCUGACCAUGCCUACUUCACUUCAGGUUCUUGUGCUUGGCACGGGCUUUGCCCAUGGCUGUUGCUCUAUCAAGGUUUCUCAACAUCUCCAUUAUUGACAUUUUGGACAGGAUAAUUUGUUGUGAGGGACUGCCCUAUACAUUGUGGCAUGUUUAGCAGCGUCUCUGACCACUUCCCCCUAGAUGCCAGUAGCACCCCAUCGGUUGUGACAAUGAGAAAUGUCUGCAAACAUUGCCAGGUGUCCUGGGAGGCAGAGUGCCCUCGGGCUGAGAGCUGCUGCUCUAGUUCAGCGCCCAGAUCUUCUGACACCUGUUUUCUCUCCAUCUUCAGUGUUCCGCCUGGCCCUCAUCCAACUUCAAGUUUCUUCCAUCAAAUCAGAUAAUGUCACUCGAGCUUGUGGCCUUGUCCGGAAGGCAGCCACAGAAGGAGCUAAAAUAGUUUCUCUGCCAGAAUGCUUUAAUUCUCCAUAUGGCACAAACUAUUUUCCUGAAUAUGCAGAGAAAAUUCCUGGUGAAUCCACACAGAAGCUUUCUGAAGUAGCAAAGGAGUGCAGCAUAUAUCUCAUUGGAGGUUCCAUUCCUGAAGAGGAUUCUGGGAAAUUAUAUAACACCUGUGCCGUUUUUGGGCCUGAUGGAGCUUUACUGGUAAAGCAUAGAAAGCUCCAUCUGUUUGACAUUGACGUUCCUGGGAAAAUCACAUUUCAAGAAUCUAAAACAUUGAGUCCUGGUGAUAGUUUCUCCACAUUUGAGACUCCUUACUGCAAAGUGGGCCUGGGCAUCUGCUACGACAUGCGCUUCGCAGAGCUUGCACAAGUCUACGCGCAGAGAGGCUGCCAGCUGUUGGUCUAUCCUGGAGCGUUUAACCUGACCACCGGGCCGGCUCACUGGGAGUUGCUUCAGCGAGGCCGGGCUGUUGACAAUCAGGUGUAUGUGGCCACAGCAUCUCCUGCCAGAGAUGACAAAGCUUCCUAUGUUGCCUGGGGACACAAAACUGUCCUGCCCUCCUGGGGGGAGAUCCUCGCCAAAGCUGGCACUGAAGAAACGAUCGUGUAUUCAGACAUAGACUUGAAGAAGGUGGCUGAAAUACGCCAGCAAAUCCCCAUUUUUAGCCAGAAGCGAUCAGACCUCUAUGCAGUGGAGGCGAAAAAGCCCUAAGGUUUAUGUUUCCAUCAUGUCACGAAAUAGAAAGACACAUGUCUGCAACAUCAAUUCCCUGCUGAAUUCUUUCAUGGGGAUCCUUUUUUUUUAUUUUUUAUUUUAGCCUUCCCUUCCCAGGAACUGUGUUGAGAUUGUGGAACUGCAGCACACUGGUACUCUCCACACCUUGUUAAGCAGUCAGAAAGGACUCAGGCUGGCACUGAAGAGCAGAAAGGGGAGGGGCUGGCGCUAAACCUUAUUCCGUAUUGAAAUUGCCUUAGAGAAGUUGGUAAAAGUACCAGAUUUGGAUAUUCUGGUGGUUGAUUCACCUGAUACAAAUGCAUUUGUGUCAUAAAUUUCUUAUCUCA